AUGGCCACUGCCACUCAAACUGCUCUCUUCGGACCUGACCUCUACCCUCCCCUCGAGAAGGUAGCCGGUCAGCUCUCCGAAGACAUGAGGAUCGUAACUGAUCUUCGCAAGGCCUGGAAGCCCACCAUUGGCUUGCAGUUGUUCGAUGCUCGCAACCCCGUGGGCAUCUAUGAUCCACACAUGCGGGCCGCCAUCUUCCAUGAAUGUCUGGCCUGGACCCGGGAUCUGAAGGACCUUCCUGAUCCCGAGCUCCUCGCCACAGCGGCUCCCAGCCGUUUGGGCUUCCUGCCUCGUGGGGAGUAUCUCCUUCGUGCCCUGAGAGAGUCAUUCGACGUCCCAGACACCCCCUUCUGGCACGCCGUGGCAGAGCAAGUCUACGGCUUUACCUGGUGUCUGUCCGACAACACCAAACUCUGUCAUGAAUGCGUGCACGGAAGCUGCAGUGCCGGCAUGUUGGCCUGCUUCCCAGAUUAUCUCCACUUCCUCGGCGAAUUGCCCGUGGUGUUGGACAUCUGCACCCAGCGCGUCAGCGAGUACAUCGAGCAUGUCCACCGAGACCACGGACCCGGCCCGCAUCGCAAGAUCAUGGAUGCAUGGUUGAUGUGCGUGCAGUCGGUGUAUCUGGACGUGCUGCACCCCAAAGCGCAACAGCUGAAAUUCCCCAACGACGAGCGGCGGAGCAUCAGCUACCGGCUGAUCAACUCGGCGGGCCGUGCAUUAGCCCUGCAUGCGCAGCUGGAACAGUCGCAGAUCGUCGGCACGGACGAGGAAGUCGACGCCAUUUCGUUUGCGUCCACCGUCAUGCAUGAUAUCUGCGACUAUCGACAUGAUAAUAUGGCCAAGGAAUACUACAAUCUGUUAACCAUUGUCAGCGUGCACCAAGGAGUGCCGAGCACGGCCAUGGUGCGACGGUUCUGCAUUGAUGUUUGGGCGUGGGCGCUCGACAACGGCGCCUUGUGGGCUAUUCAUCUGGCAGGGCGCGAAUUGGCCUGGCAGAUUUACAUGGCGCGGUAUCAGACCGGGCUGUUGCUGGACAAAUUGAUGCCUCCGCACAAGAACAGUCCCGGUGUCGGGGUGGAUCCGUACGGCGAUGCGGUGCUCAAUGCCAUGAAUCCCAUGUUGAAGGCCGUGGGACGCAGUGCCCAGCCAGGGAACUAUUCACUGCGAGACCGGUGCCAGAACCCGCAACGCUACGAUGACCUGCUCCAGCAUUGCGUGCUCCACUUCAAGGAGUGUCCGAGAUGCCAGGGUUACGAUGCGAUGACCUGGCAGGAGCGGGUGCCGGCCAUCGGAGAGGCGUAUGAGAAGAAGUAUACGGACUGCAGCUGCAUGAACAUCAUCAGUGCGUAUAUGAUCCUCACCUCGCCCGAUCGGCUGUGGUGGUUGGCGGACCCGACGGCCGAGUAUACUGGGCCUCAAGAGGAGUGGUCGGCGCUGCUCUGCUAG